AUGGGUGUUCAGAAUCCACUCACACUCCAGGAGCUGGCAAGUCAGACUCUGGUGAGGGAUGAGGCUUUGACCAUGUCCUUUCUAGAGAAGCUGCCCCCUGGGCUCUUCCCAACACUAUUCAAGGAGGCCUGCACUGGCAGUCACACCAAGCUUGUGAGGGCAAUGGUGGCAGUCUGGCCUUUCCCAUGUCUCCCUAUGUGGACAUUGAUGAAGACACCUGACCUGGAAACCUUCCAUGCUGUGCUAGAUGGAGUAGACAUGCGACUGACAGGAGAGUUUCAGCCCAGGAAGGCAAAACUACAGGUUCUCGACCUGAGAAAUGUGCACCAUGUCUUCUGGAACAUGCAGGCUGAUGAAGAGGACACUAGCUGCUCAGCAGAAACCUUGGACAAGAAGCCGGUAGUGAAGGUACUUCCCAGAUAUGCACUGAGACAGCGUCUGAAGGUCAUAGUUGAACUGUGCAUCAGUUCCUGCCUUAGUGAAGAACAAGUUUGCUUCUUGAAGUGGGCCCAGCAGAGAAAAGGCUCCCUACAUUUCUGCUGUACAAAAAUGAAAAUCUGUUCUCUGUCAGCCCAUGUUAUCAGAGAGAUUUUCAGUGUUUUUGAUCCAGAGCACAUCAGAGAAUUAGAACUAAAUACCAGGUGGAAUACGUUACAGCUGGAACACUUUGCUUCCUACUUUGGGGACAUGAAAAAUCUUUGUAAAGUCUUCCUGGCACCCCUCCACAAGAUCAUCUAUCCAUUUACCACUAAAAGAGGAGUCACAGAAGCUGAAUGUAUCAAAAAUUUUAUUUCACAGUUUUCCCAUUACAACUGUCUACAGCAACUCUUUGUGAAACCCACCCAUUUUCUCAGAGACAAGAUAAAUCAGGUCCUAGGGUUCCUGAUGACACCCUUGAAGACUCUCUCCAUCACUGGCUACCAAAUUUCACAGUCAGACUUGGAUUUCUUCCCUUGCUGUCAGAGCCUGUUUCAGCUAAAACAUCUGGACUUGAGAGGUGUGGUCUUACAGGAUUUUGACCUUAUGCCUCUGAGAGGACUCCUAGAGAAAGUGGCAGACACUCUUAAGACUCUGGAUUUGCUGGGGUGUAGGAUGGAGGACUCCCAAGUCAAUGUCCUCCUACCUGCCCUCAGACAAUGCUCUCGGCUCAGAUAUGUCAACUUCUACAACAAUGACUUCUCCAUGGCCAUCCUGAAGGACCUUUUUCAGCACACAGUCAACUGGAGCAAGAUGAAGGUGGAAAAAUACCCUGCCCCUCUGGAGUGCUAUGAUGACUUGACUCAUCUCUUCAAAGAACGAUUUCCCCACCUUUGUCAGGAUCUCGUGGAUACACUCAGGACAGUAAGGCAGCCCAAGAACAUCUCUUUUGCUACAUUAAACUGCCAUACAUGUGAUGAGUGCUUUGUCUAUGACCAGGUAUCCAGACUUUGUGGCUGCUGGGAGUAA